CUCCCUCCCUCUAUGCGCAAAGACAGCAGAGUCUCCUCCUCUUCGUCCUCCAUUGAGAUAGAUCCUAGUAUCGUUGUAGUUUGAAGAUUAUCUUGGCAAUUGAGCUCUUCUGCUUCUGCCUAAUGCUCAACAAUUUAUAAAUCAACAAAAAGGAAAAGGGACAGUGGAUGGUCAAAUACCAAGAUCAGAACACUGCUGUAUCAGACGGUUUAGUCUGCCAGGGCUCAAGUACCUUGUGGGUGACGAUUUUUGCUGAGGCCAGAAGGUAAAUGGACAGGGCAGACACAUCAGGUUUUGUUAGUAGCGGAUUCAACGGUACCUCGCUGCUGAUGAUAUUCUUCGACUUCGUCUUCUCUCUCAUGCACAUAUGAAUUACCAGAUCAAGAAUCACUGAUAUUCUGUUGCCUGGAGAUACUUGUUCCCCAUCCACCACACAGUGUAUAAAGGUUUUUUUCUUUUCGAAAAAGGCGGUGUAUAAAGUUAUUAGAUGAAUAACGGUUACGCAGAUAUGCGUCACCGUGGAAGGCAGCCCCUGAUGGACAGCUCUUCGGUGUUGAUGUCUGGGCACUUGGCGCCGGGCUACACUACUGUCGGCCAUGGUCAGAGUCAGACCUCAUUUUCCUUGGACUUCCGGGGUUCGGCAAUGGACAACUGCAGCCGUGGCAACAGGGGUGUCCAGCGGUCUGGUCAUGCUUCUGCCCAAGAUGAUGCGUGCAGGCUGGUACUUGGACUGGGUCCGUCGCCGGAAUCUAGCUCUGUGAAUUACCAGCAGCCUGACGGAGGAGCAGGCAAGUCGAAAGCACCGGUGACUCUGCUUGGCCGGAGUUUAUCGUUCACUAAUCCUGGGACGAUGACCCUUGGGCUUCAUGAUCAGGUGGGUAAUGCUGAAGCUAUCGCUCGGCAUUUUGAACCGCCUGGAGGAAACAUCAUCUCCUUCUCCGUUGUCGACGAGAGCUCGACGUCGGCCAGGAGGAGCUCCGGUGGCUACAUUCCGUCGCUGCUCUUCGCGUCUCGGCCGAAUCUUUGUGUUCCUCAAGAGAAUCGGGCAGAGGGGCAUGAUGAACUGCUGGAUGAUCACACGGACAACGGCAAUGAUAGUGCCGAGCAUCGCCUUCAAUUCAGCUCUGAACCUUCUGCAACGACAAUGACAGAGACUUCGUUCGGUAUGAGCUCUGAUGUUGUCACCGGUGUAACUGAUCGUGGACAGCCGGUUCAUCGCCGGUUUCCGAAGAAGUGCAGGUUCAAAGGGUGCUCUAAAGGUGCGAGAGGUGCAUCAGGCCUGUGCAUUGCCCAUGGCGGCGGGCAGAGGUGCCAGAAGCCCGGGUGCUACAAGGGUGCCGAGAGCCGAACAGCCUACUGCAAGGCCCAUGGAGGCGGCCGGCGGUGUAUGCAGCUCGGCUGCACUAAGAGCGCCGAGGGAAAGACGGAUCACUGCAUUGCCCACGGCGGAGGUCGCCGAUGCGGACACAACAGCUGCCCUAAAGCCGCGCGUGGCAAGUCCGGGCGAUGCAUCAAGCACGGAGGAGGGAAGCGGUGCGCGGUUGAGGACUGCAUCCGGAGCGCCGAGGGGAAGGUCGGGUUCUGCAUCUCCCACGGCGGCGGCCGCCGUUGCCAGUACCCGGACUGCCGCAAGGGGGCGCAGGGCAGCACGCUGUACUGCAAGUCCCACGGCGGCGGCAAAAGGUGCGUCUUCGAGGGCUGCGCCAAGGGCGCGGAAGGCAGCACGCCGCUGUGCAAGGCGCACGGCGGCGGGAAGCGCUGCAUGCACGAAGGCGGCGGCGUGUGCCCCAAGAGCGUCCACGGGGGCACCAGUUACUGCGUGGCGCACGGCGGUGGGAAGCGCUGCGCAGUGCCCGGGUGCGGCAAGAGCGCCCGCGGGCGCACAGAGUUCUGCGUGAAGCACGGCGGCGGCAAACGGUGCAAGGUCGACAUCUGCGGCAAGAGCGCGCAGGGGAGUACGGAGUUCUGCAAGGCCCACGGUGGCGGCAAGCGGUGCACCUUCGGCACGGGCUGCGACAAGUUCGCCCGCGGGCGGAGCGGCCUCUGCGCCGCCCACGCGACGCUGGUGGCCUCGCAGUCCCAGUCCCAGGCACAGCAACGAGGACGCGGCGGCGGGAGCAUGAUCGGGCCGGGCCUCUUCCGAGGCAUCGUGUCCUCGUCAGCCGCGGCCGCAGCCGCCAGCGCCAUGAACUACGAGUACUCGUCGGGCGUGAGCGCGGUGUCGGAGUGCGACGGCUCGCCGGUGCCUACGCCGGGGAGGCAGGAGCUGAUUCCUCCUCAGGUGCUGGUUCCCCUCUCUAUGAAGUCCCCGUCGCCAUCCGCGGAUAGGCGCAGGGAGAGUGGAGAGUUGUGUGUUCCAGAGGGGAGGGUGCACGGUGGUGGACUCCUGUCAUUGCUCGGCGGGAGCUUCAGGAACGUCAUUGACGUCGACAAACUCUCAAGCCGCUAGCUCGGAUCUAAAUUUCUGUCUGUCCAAAUUAUACUUCUUGAUUAAUACAAUCCUUUCUUUUCGCAAAAAAAAAAUUAUACUUCUUGAACCCACAAAAAAUAUUGAACAUUCUACACGUCUUAUAGUGUUAGAUAUGGGUGUCACAUAUGAACUGUUAUGGGAAAGCUUAAAUUCUUGGCAGGUCCACAAGCUUUUGGGCCGUAA